GUCGCGUGUGUGUGUGUGACGCAAUACGCCGAGCCGCAAUCGUCAUGCCGAGAGCGUCCGGAACCACCGGAACGCCGUCGUGACGUCAUACGCCGGAGUUGACGAAUGACGUCGCGUCGGGCGUCACGUGCCACCCCCCCCCACCCCGCGAGGUCCUUAGGCUUCUGUGAGGGGGUGGCUCGUGGAGGCAGACGAAGGCAGCGGCGGCGGCGGCGGCAGCGGCAGGCAGCUCGGCUCCGUAAGGAAACGUCUUUUGAGCCUAGGGCGGGGGACCCCCUUCUAGCAGCAGGCCUGUCUCUGCACGGCGUUAUCAGCUGACCUUACUAGGGGCAAAGUGUCGCAGGGCCAUGCCUUCUCACCAGGCUGUGAGAGACGCGCCAAUCACGCAAUUUAUCAACUGCCUGCUUCUCAAAGACCACAAGCUGAUAAGAGACGAUCUGUGGGUGCGAUCGGGACGGAUCCUUGAUCCUGAAAAACUUUUUUUCGAUGAGAAGGUGCACGCUGACCGCAGGGUGGACUGCCACGGUCUCAUCCUCGCUCCCGGCUUCAUCGACGUUCAACUCAAUGGGGGCUACGGAGUGGACUUUUCGUCUGGUGGAUCAGGGCUACAGGAAGGGCUAUCUCUGGUUGCUCAGAAGCUGCUGACUCAUGGUGUCACCUCCUUCUGCCCAACGCUCAUCACCUCCCCUCCGCAGCUCUACCAUGAGGUGCUACCCAAGCUUCCACGCACGGAGGGAGGCCCCCACGGAGCCGGCACGCUCGGCGUGCACCUGGAGGGCCCGUUCAUCAGCCUGGAGAAGAAGGGCGCGCACCCCGAGCUCUUGCUGCGCAGCUUCGAGCGUCGCGGCAUGGAGGACGUGGCGGACAUGUACGGGGACCUGGCGAACGUGGCGCUCGUCACACUCGCGCCCGAGAUGCCACGCAGCAGAGAGGUCACGCGGGAGCUGACACGCCGCGGGGUCCGCGUCUCCCUGGGGCACUCCACUGCCAACCUAUGCCAGGCCGAAGCGGUGGUGGAGGAAGGUGCUUGCUUCAUCACGCACCUCUUCAACGCCAUGGUGCCGUUCCACCACCGCGACCCGGGCAUCGUGGGGCUGCUGACGAGCGACCGCGUGCCGCCCGGGCGAAGAGUCUUCUACGGCAUGAUCGCCGACGGCAUCCACACGAACCCGGCCGCGCUGCGCAUCGCCCAUCGAGCACACCCAGCCGGCCUCGUGCUGGUCACCGAUGCCAUCAUGGCGAUGGGUCUCCCCGAGGGGCGGCACCACCUGGGCCAGCAGACCAUCGAGAUCGAGGGCCUGCACGCCUACGUGGCCGGCACCAAGACCCUGAGCGGCAGCAUCGCCACGAUGGACAUGUGCGUGCGUCACCUCCGGCAGGCGUCAGGGUGCUCCGUGGAGUGUGCCCUUGAGGCUGCCUCCCUUCACCCGGCCCAGAUGCUGGGUAUCAGCGAUCGCAAGGGCACCCUCGACUACGGCACGGACGCAGAUUUUGUGCUCGUCAGCCAGAGCCUGGAGGUGUGCGCCACCUACAUAAGGGGCGAGCGCGUGUGGGUGGCACCGGCUCCGGGAGCCAGCAAUCACGCGUGAUUGUGAUGGAGCCAGCAACCACGCGUGAUGGGGCCAGCAACCACGCGUGAUGGAGCCAGCAACCACGUGUGAUGGGGCCAGCAACCACGCGUGAUGGGGCCAGCAACCACGCGUGAUGGAGCCAGCAACCACGCGUGAUGGGGCCACGCGGGAGGCCGGCGCCUUCUCCCGCGUGCCAUCCGGCUCGCCUUCGUCGUUUACGAUGACCGCAGAACUCUUCCGGCACCGCGUUCGCGUCGUACUUUUGCCCUUGCUGUUCGGCACAACGUGCUUACAUUUCGCUCCACGCGCUGGUGGAGUCUCCCCCCCCCCCCCCCCCCCCCCCAGCAUGCCGCGGGAUGACCCAAAAGCGGCGAUAGCGCAAACGCGAAAACAAAAUGCAGUACUUGUGUGCAUGUGUCCAUUACUCGCGCACUUUACAUUCCCAGCUUAUGAGCAAAUAACUCAAGAUGUGUGGCGCGAUCCUGCCAGAUCUAGCACGUUAAACAGGGUUCACCUGAAUAAUUCUCAGACGACCACCGUGUACAGAAUACAGGUGUGGUCAUAGGAGGUGCUGUGGGGGCAAGUAAAGAGCAGUGCAGCAAGCUUCAUUGUUUUUCUGCACUCCCCCCCCCCGCACCCCACCUUAA